CUGAAAUGGGAGGGCACAUCGACUCUCAAACUCCGCGCACUUCCUGCUCUCGCUCAGUUCUAUCAGUAGCGGGAGAACAGUGGAGGGAUGGCGGAGAAGAGCCCUGACCCGAGCGGCUCGAACGCCCGCAGGUGUCCCGCUCUUUCUCUCGGAGAGAGAUUGCUGCCGUCUGGAAGCGACUUGUCCAAAUGGGUUCGUUUGAACGUCGGCGGCACGUACUUUCUCACGACGAGACAAACGCUGUGCAGAGACCCGAAAUCUUUCCUGUACCGCCUGUGCCAGGCCGACCCCGACCUCGACUCUGACAAGGAUGAAACAGGUGCUUAUUUGAUAGACCGCGAUCCCACUUAUUUUGGUCCGGUGCUCAACUAUCUGAGACAUGGGAAGCUGGUGCUGAACCGAGGCCUAGCAGAGGAAGGUGUGCUGGAAGAGGCUGAAUUCUAUAAUAUCACUUCAUUGAUUAAACUGGUCAAAGACAAAAUCAGGGAGAGGGAUUGUAAGAUGGCUCAGCUCCCUGUGAAGCACGUCUACAGAGUCCUACAGUGUCAGGAGGAGGAACUGACACAGAUGGUCUCCACGAUGUCAGAUGGUUGGAAGUUUGAACAGUUGGUUAGUAUCGGCUCUUCAUACAACUACGGAAACGAGGAUCAAGCAGAGUUCCUGUGCGUGGUCUCCAAGGAGCUGCACAAUCAGUCAUACGGCACAAACAGUGAGCCCAGUGAAAAGGCCAAGAUUCUUCAAGAACAAGGCUCUCGAAUGUGAAACAACUGAGAUCUAUAUCCUCCCGUCCUGUAAUUAGGGGCAAAACCAGAUGCACCAUAUCACACUGAGAGACAGACAACUGUCAAGCGGAAUGACAACCUAUUUGGAAUGGUAUUCUAUUUUGUUUUAGAUUAACUGACACUUGUUAGUGCCUGCACAGUUAUACUGGACUGUUGUUUCUUGUCGUUCUGACAUCGGCGGAUCUAUCGGAAUCCUUUUGUUUGAAAGGUAGGAAUAUGCAUGUCAUUAGUAAUCUGAGCAAAAAGGGCCUCAAUCACGCCUGGUCCAAUCAUGUUUACUCAGGGUCUCUUAUCAACUUUCUCAAAAUAUGUUUAUCAUGUCAUCUGUGGUCCAGUGAGCACGUUUUGUCCAAAAUAAAAUAAACUGAAACCUGUAUAUUAUGCCAGAAAGAUAAACCUCAUUAAUAAUUUUAAUUAAGAGCGUGGAGUGUAAAAAAAUUAAAAUAAAAGUAUUUUUUGAUUAAUAUUACAUUAUUAAGGUGGCUUAUAUAUAACAUUGACUUGUAAGGGACGGUGGAUUUUUAUAGCAAGGAUUUUUGAUUUAGUGUGUUUGUAAGAACAUAUUUGAUUGAUUUUAUUUAUUUUAUUAUUAUGAUUAUUUUUUUUGACUUGCAUAGUGUUAGUUUUUUAUACCAGGAGGGUGAAAGAACAUCUGUAACAGUUUGCCUCAAAGUGUCCUCACGUUUUGUGAGGUUUUACUGUUGCUCCUUGAGUUGGUUUAAAACCGAAGAGAAAAAUGUUGUCUUCCAUCCCCACAUUUAUUCCACUGGGAUUUUGGAUAAACUGGAACUAUUUGUAACUUUUUCAUUUGUUGUCAAAUGAAACGCGUUGACUUUGAGACAGAGCUAGAUUUGGUUUAAUUGAAGAAUUAAGGCAAAGCCACGAAGGCAUAAAUGAUUUGUUUAGGCAAUACCGUUUCGAACAAUGCUUUAUUUACAUGACAGCGACUGUUAAUUAGUGGCGUUGUAGGCCUUAUGUUCACACUUUGGUUAGAGAUAGAGACUCUAAAAGAGUGACAAAUUAACAUCCACAGCUUAACACUGCAGUUUUUCAUUAGUUUCGGCUCGACUUUUUUCAAAAGUUGAUUCCAAAUAUACAUAAUCCAGUCGUUUAUUUAAAAACAUUUUGACAAUGUUGCCUUUAAUAAACCUACACAAGUUCUGAAUUUCAUUUGGAAUUGUGGUCAGGGAAAUAACACAUAACUUUGCUAGGCUACAAGCAUAUCUAUUUGAAAUCAUGUAUAUAGACUAAAGAGCAUCAUAUUCAGUGCAUGUUAUUUUUCCUAAUCCUCUCUAUCUCUCUCACACACACACACACAAAGGGCUUUUACUAGUGGAAUACAAGCUAUAAUUGUUUUGCAGAGAUUCAUCUGAUCUCUUAAUAUUGCCUGAUCAAGGCGAAGUUUACAUGGCUAGUGUUUUAUAAACAAUAAUACUACAAGUUUACUUACCUUGACUAUGUGACAACACAUCCUAGUUUGGUUUCAAGACCUGUAUGUUUACAUAUCCUCUCAGUUACCUGGUUUAACGUCAACCUUGUGUCUUAGCAGCUAGAGAGGAGGUUUGGAUUCUUAUCGGUGGAGUGUUAAGUUGCUUGCUCACCGAGUCAGUGUCUCGUGGUGAAACGUGCCUCUGGUACGGCCUCCAGACAGUGCACUGAACACGCACGCCCCUCGCUCACCGCUGACAUCCAGGCUGCGACACUGGAGAGUGAUUGUCAUCACUGUAAGGUGCUGCAGGCCUAAAACUUUUUUUUAACAUCCUGCUUCCCAGAUCUUGGUGGAGAAAGUAGGAUGUGCACACUGAUGCACCGAUCUCACAUCUCCUUUAUGUCUGCUGGACUUAUGUCAGCAGCCACGGUCUACAUUUCAGUUGCCCGCUUGCAUAAACUCAUUUCUGAUGGGCCCUGGUGAGUGUUGUUUUUUGGGGGGGCAGGUGUUCCACCUCAGAUUUUUUUAUUUCUGUGUUUCAAGCGUGCAAUCUGCAAAAUGUAUUUUGAAACCGGGCAAAUGCAGACUGAGAUGUCUUUUGCUCCACUUGGUCACUGCUGUUCCUAUACUUAUUAUUCUAUAACAUGUUUAUGUAUUUGUAUUUUUCUUAUGCUUACAAUUUGUGUAUUCACAUAGUAUAUUAUAUAUGUAAUUGCAAGUUACGACUGGGGAAAAUGUAUAUGAUGGUAAUGCUAGAACCUGGUCAAACUAAAUAAACACUUUUGAACUCUGAAA